CACGCGGAUGUCGCCGCGGCUGCCGUCGCUCCACGACCCCACAGCGCCGCGUCACCCCACAGGACUCGUUGCCCCCAUCCCUUUUCUCACUGCGUUCCCUCGUGCGCCGGUUGCACAUCAGUGAGCCCAGGGAGAACGUGGCUGCGCUGCUGGGCCGCAGGAUGAUGACCUCUGACCCCCGACCCCGGCUGACCCCCCCGGACACCUGGGAGCGGGCGCUGAGCGCUGGGGGCGUGGCCAGGAUCCCCCGCGCCGUGACGUGGCAGCGCCUGAUUGUCUCCUCCCAGCUCCCCCUGCUGGCGCUGCUCCGCAAUCUCCGCUCUGUGAUCCAGGCUGGGAUCCGGCCCGAGUCGCUGCAAUGCAUUGUGGGACGGCUGUGGGACCCGGAGGCCGUGAGGCGGAGCCAGGUGCCGCCCAGCCAAUGGCUGCGUGCCAUGAAGGCGCUGCUGGGGCCGGCGCCAGAGCGCGCCCAUAGGAUGCCAUGGAAGCUCCGCCGUCGCCGUCAACGGUAAUUAAUGGGUGGCUUAAUUACCGUAAUUAAUGUUAAUUAAUGAUGCGAUGUCACGCGCAGCAAUUAAUAAUUAAUUAAUGAACUGCAGUCAUUAGCUCUAAUUAACAGCAAUUAAUAA